UCCAUCAUAUCUCCUGCUCGAAAUCAACUCUUUCUCUUCACUUUCCCACGAAAGCCCCUCUCUCGCAGCCUUCGCAAGGUCCCGAUCCGGAAAACCUUACCUCUUUCUUCAAUGGCGGAAACUGAGAGUAUCUCGACUGUCUCCACCGAGGAAGACGCGAAUUAUGGGUUCACGCGCUCGGAGAUGUUCUCCACAAACCUCGCCGGCACUGUCGAUCCUUACGACCGCCACGUUUUCCUCUGCCAUAAGUCCCCAGCCGAGUGGGCCUCGCGCGUCGAAGAGGAUGUCCUUCCUAAGCUCCUCUCCUCCGCCUUCAAAUCUCACAAAGACAGCAUGCCCUUCAAGACUAAGCUGACUAUAUGCGAGGGUGGGGAAUCGGAUGGAGAUGUUCUGAUUUUUCCUGAAAUGAUGAAAUACAAGGGUUUGACAGAUUCUGUCGUGGAUGAUUUUGUUGAUGAUGUGCUUGUGAAUGGCAAACCAUGGGUGUCUGGAGUGGCAGAGUCAAUGUGUGGUUCCUAUGUGUUUGUGUGUGCUCAUGGCAAUCGAGAUAAGAGAUGUGGAGUUUGUGGACCAGUUCUUAUUGAGAAGUUCAAAGAGGAGAUUGAGUUGCGAGGAUUGAAUGAUCAGGUGUUUGUAAGUGCUUGCUCUCACAUUGGAGGCCACAAGUAUGCUGGGAACUUGAUUAUCUACAGCCCUGAUGCUGAGGGGAAAAUUAUGGGCCAUUGGUAUGGCUAUGUUACUCCAAAUGAUGUGCCUGAGUUGUUGGAUCAGCACGUUGCAAAGGGAGAGAUACUAGAGCGCCUUUGGAGGGGCCAAUUGGGGGCUUCCACUGUGGAAGGUGAUAAAGCAGAUGAACCGAAGCUUCCAAAUGGCAUAGAGGCAAAGAAGAUGAAGAAGCAUGAAGAAACCAAGAGUCAGGAACCGAGGGAAAUUGCAGGUGGCUGUUGUCAAAGUGCUAAUGGGUUUUCCUGUUGUAGAGACCCUGGUUCCGGACUGAGAGAGGAGAACAAACCAAAACAGCAAGAGCAUGAAAAGAGUUCUCUACAUGGAUUGAAAACCUGGGUCCGCUCCUGGGAGCAAAGUGAUAUUCUUGCAGCUGCUGCUGUGGUUGGAGCAGUGGCAACCGUUGCCGUUGCUUACAGCUACUACAGAAAGUCGGGCUGAAAUAGGCCUUUAUAAUUUUCAGAUUACCGCUUGCUUGUGGGUUUGUAUACCACUGUUUUUGUUGACAGAUGGAUUUGAUAAAAUAAUCCUCCUAAUGAAGUUUUCUUUUAGGAGUAUGAUAUAUGUUAUCAAAUUUUAGAUACACUACGGAUGAACUACUACCCACUGAUCUCUUUUGUUGAUUUCUGCAAGAAUUUAUUUUUGUCUAGAUAGAAAUUUUGGAUGAUUUAGAGGAAACUGGAAGUCUGGAUUUAU